GUCCCUUGGCUACAAGGGAAAACGUCAACUAACUUUUAAUAUAACUACUUCCUUCAGACCAAAUAAAAAUAAAAUUCUACAUAAUUCAAAAAUCCACCCCCAAAACCCUGAAACUCUCAACUGAUUCUUGAAUUCAUCAAUGGCGAUCAUUUCCGACUACAAUGAGCAAGAUAACAAACCACUCUCAUCGUCACCUGUAUCAGCAAAGCCUUUUAACGAGACGAAGGUAGAGGAGGUCAGGAACGCUAGUGAGGCCAUGGAAGAGGACAAGAAGGGGCCUCUAGCUCCCAACAUAGGCAAUGGCCUUGAUCUGGACAACUACUCUUGGGGUCAAUCCAUGCAGGAGGUUAAUGUUAACAUUUCUGUACCACUGGGAACAAAAUCACGGUUUAUUGUUUGCGAUAUAAAAAAGAGCCAUCUUACAGUCGGACUAAAGGGUCAGCCUCCGAUAAUUGAUGGAGAACUCUAUCGACCUGUCAAAGUUGAGGAUUGUUUCUGGAGCUUAGAGGAUCAGAAAUCCAUCUCUGUACUCCUUACCAAGAAAGACCAGAUCGACUGGUGGAAAUGUGUGGUGAAAGGUGAACCUGAACUUGAUACCGAGAAAGUUGAACCUGAAACUAGCAGGCUAUCAGAAUUGGACCCAGAGACUCGAUCUAAUGUGGAAAAGAUUAUGUUUGAUCAGCGACAGAAAGCAAUGGGUCGUCCAACAAUUGAUGAUAUGCAAAAGGAGGAGAUGCUAAAGACAUUUAUGGCUCAGUAUCCAGGGAUGGACUUCUCUAGGGCGAAGACAUCCUGAUUCACGGGGUUUUUUGAUAAGCGAACAGAUUUCUGAAUGGAGAAAAAAGCUAGACCAUAUUUUGGCAUCUCUUCUUUACUUUGGCUGGGAUUCAAGAUGUUUUUGUGCAUAUGGGAAACUUAUAUUCUAUAGUGACUUUGUGUAGACUAAGGAAGAUACUUAUGUACUGCUAUUGGAGUGAUUGAUCUAAACAGCUAGUAAUUUGAACAUGUUCAUAUUCUAAUCCA